AUGUUAUGUGACGUUGUCUUUGGCCGAGGUGGAGUCGGCGGUGGCGGUAGAGGAGGCUUCGGUGGGUUUGCAAUUGCCAGAGCCGGCGGUGGGGGAUUGUAAGUGGUUUUACUGUCAUAUCACGAAGUGAUAUGGCGUUUUUCCCGAAUUGAAUCAAGGCUUACAUUUCAGCCGUGGUGGAGCUGCCGGAGUCGGUGGGUUCGGAGGUGGCGGCAUGACUUAUGAGGAGAAAAUGUAAGGAAAAUAACUGACAAGGGAUGGCCUCAAGCUUCGCAGCGGAGUUAUUCGAUGAUCUUUGCGGCCGAGAGUACGCCAAAUGUGGAGGGCGGUCAAAAAAGACUCUUGAGCACAUUUUUUGCAAGUUCUUCAUGGACGAAAAAACUUUUGUGGAAAUUUUACCGCAUAACAUGUGCCACGGUUUUCACAUCUAAAAACCUCGGCUGUUUCUGCAAAGCGCGAACUGAAAGGACUACAGAUUUUAUAGAAUUUUGUUUAUAUAUUUUUUCAGGGGAAAUUGCACGCUCGACAAGCUCAAGGAGAAUCCUUUCAUGCUCCACAAAAUUGCCCGUCAACAGUGUGAAAAGGAGGAUUGGCAGAGAACUCUUCUCUUCGUUGUUGGUGGAGUUGUUUUUUUCGUUAUCCUCUGCCUCCUUAGUGGUUGCUUUCAAACCUGUGAGGUCUACUUGCUGACCUGCCGGGGCGGAGAGCCUUUAUUUUUUCGGAGAGAUAUGAUAAUUAGAGAGGGUGUUCGUGGCUAUAGAAUUGCCGUGCCAACCAGGAGUUUUUAA